GUUUACAGUUGGGGUGGGGUGAAGGAGGAUCCAACCAGGGACCUUCAGACGGCGGAGGGCUAAGAAGCAGACAGGACUCCGAACUUCACAUCAGCUGGACGUAGAUCUGAUCCCAGAGGCAAGGAAACGACUCCAGAGACCAGCCACCAUGAGCUCCGAGGCUGGAGAAAGCGCAGCGACAGCACAGGCGGACAGGAAGAGUCACCAUGGUGAUCGGCACCUUCCCAGGGAGGAUAUCAGACAAAUAUGGAGGGAGUGUCAGGAGGAGAGCUUCUGGUAUAGAGCUCUGCCUGCGUCUCUGGGAAGCAUGGCCGUCACUGGAGGACUCCUCUACCAGGGAAUCUGGAACGCCUCCAAGAGGUUUGGUCCCUUCCCCAAACUAGCAGUGGCGGGGAUCCUGGGCUACGCGGUGGGCAAGGCUUCCUACGUCGGAACCUGCAGGGAGAAGUUCCAGAGACUCGGCCCGUUCCCUGGUUCUGAAGACGGCCCAGGGUUCGGCCCAGGGUUCGGAGGUCGUGGUUUUGGCCCCGGAUGGCCAGGACACAGGCGCUGCCCUCAUGUGUGUGAGGAGUGCAAGAAAAAAGAGGCGCCAAGCCCUCCCUCAGAAACAGCACAAAGCUAGAGACGUGACAGACUGCUGGAGGACCCCAUAUGAUUCUAAUGUUGUAAUUAACACGUACUGAACCAACACGCCAAUUACAGAUUGUAAAACUGAUUGCAAAUCUACAGUAUUUUCUAUAUGCACCAUUUGUAUGUUUAGAAUAAAAGUGUCAGAAAAAUGAAUAAAAUGUCAAUGUAGAAAUGUU